AUGCGCCACGUACGUCAGCUGUACCCACCUGAGGUGGUGGUCAUGGCGUCGGCCGCGUCGGCCGCGCAGCGAGGCGGCGUGUUUGCUAUAGACCCGUCGUCGGCCACAGCGGCGCAUGCGCCUCUCCUGCACUGGAAGGGCGUGGCACAGCCGGCGCGGCACGGCGUCUCGUGCACGGCGUCGUCGACGCAUGCAGCGCACGACGGCGGUACGGGUGGCACUGUCUGUGCGAUCGAGGCCGACAAGGCUGUGCUUGUGCUUUACUCGUGGCAGCGUGAUCAGCCGAUCGCGCGUAUCGUGCUGCCGCAGAAAAUGACGUGUGCGUCACUGUCGCCGCAGGGCACAUGGGUCGCCACAGGCACCGCGGACGGCCGUCUUUUCGUUUGGGACGUCGCAUCAGGGGCUUUGCUGACGUCAUUCGAGGCGCACUACCGUGCGAUGACGACGAUUGCGUGGACGAGUGACUCGGCCGCGAUCGUCACAGCCAGCCAGGACACGCGCGUCUGUGUGUGGAGCUGGCCGAGUCUGAUGCAGCAUACCGACCUGACAGGGAGCAGCUCGCCGGUCGCCCCGUAUGCCACGUGGUCUGAUCACACCCUGGAUUUGACGGCCGUCCACGUCACCCCCGGCGCCUUUCCCCACCACGUCCGCGUGUGGACGGCUAGUCGGGACCACACCGUCAAGGUGUGGGAUGCGGGCACCCACAUGCUCGUAUCGACGUACGCCUUUGACGCGCCGAUCACAAGCAUCGCCGUCGACCCACUCGAGCGCUAUGCGCUAGUAGCCGAUGAGCGACGGGUCAUGCGCCUCGACUUGUAUGUCGACGGCACGUUUCGUGGCGGACGCGCAUCGGCGGGUGUGAGUGUGCGUGUGCAAGAUGCACCGCAUGUCGAGGUAGGCGCCGGUGUCACAACGAUGGCUAUAUCCGUCCAUGGCACGCAUGCUGCGAUCGGUACGUGGCAUGGCACAGUCCCACUUGUCGAUGUCACCACGCUCCAGACGAUCCGCACGCUUGCGCCGCAUGCAUCCUCGCGUGAUCCUGCACCGACGCCCGUCACGUACCUGCGCAUUCUGCCUCGUCCCACGGAUCUCGCUACGCAUACCCAGCUACGGGCCAAGAAAAGCGCGACGGACAGCGUGUACUUGGACGCCCUGCCUAUGCCGUGCGUCGCACCGCAGUUUGAGCGCACCAUCCAAGUGCCUUCUCACGCGUGGAUGCGCCUGGGGCACGUGGCGCUCGAUGAGGCUCCAUCCGACGCAGGAGAGAUGCUGCCCGCCGAGCCAGUGUCCUUGACGGCGCCCUCGGUACCUGCGUCCGACGAGCGCCUACAUACCCUCGAGGCACAAGUUCAGCGCGCCAAGGCGCUGAACGACGAGAUGUGGCAACGCCUAGUUGAGAUGCAUUCACGCACGGUGUAG